ACACGAACAACCUAUUGCCACGUGGAAAUUGUGGUAGCAUACAAGUUGGCGCGGAAAGAAGAGAAAAGGUUAGAUACUGGUGUAGAAGACAGGAUAGUCCACAGCUACGAUUGAGGAAGCGCGGAAAGAAGGGAACAGGUUAGCUACUGGUGUAGAAGACAGGAUAGUCCACAGCUACGAUUGAGGAAGCGCGGAAAGAAGGGAACAGGUUAGCUACUGGUGUAGAAGACAAGGAUAGUCCACAGCUACGAUUCAGGAGAAGAAAUGAGCGGGUCAACUCCAACGCGAAUGGUGACGCUAAUUGAUAAUACUGAUGCGCGAAUGCACGCAGCCGACGACCUCGUGUCAUCAGAAUAUUCUGAACUGCCGCAUACGUCAGCAGAGAUCGAGACCAUGAAUGAGGAUUUCAAAGCAUUAGGAAUUCGCAUGCUCACUGAAAAUUCUGUCGAAAGAAUCAUCCCAACCAACCUGGAACUUCCUCCCUUCUGGGAGGAAAAUCCACGACAAUGGUUCUCAUUCGUGGAAUCGCUUUUUGCCGCAAAUCAGAUAAAAAAUGACUAUACCAAGUACUGUUAUAUCAUAGGUAACUUGGAGCCAGAGAUGAUGCAACUUGUUUUAGACAUAGUCAAUCGAUCGGGCAGAAAAAGGUAUGAGGCGCUCAAGCUGAGAAUCAUAACAUUGUUUGAAGAAAUGAAUCAGUUAAGGGAACAGCUGCGAGGGUAUAAAUUAAGAAGAGACGAGAAACCGUCGCUCGUUCUGCAGAGACUGACAAAUCUGGCAGCAGGAAAAUGUACCGACGCGGUAUUGCGAACACUUUUCCUCGAAGUACUUCCGCUGUAUGUACGGGAUAUAUUGGUUAUCAGCGAAGUAAAAGAUUUGGAUAAACUAGCGUUGCAAGCGGACAAGAUAUUGGAGAUUGACAAUGGCGCGAACAAGGAAGACAGAGGAGAAAACACAAACUAUAGCAAAUUCUGGGAAGCUAUCGAAGCCGUCGCGAAACCGAUGAGCGAUCUCAACACCAAUUUCGAGGAUAGCACAGCAAAUUCGAGAGAAGAACAAAAAGCCAAGAUGAAUCUUUUUAUAAAGCAUAUUACCGAUGUUUUUGAUCUUGCCGCAACAGAAUCGAUGUAUACAGUCUCCGACGGAAUGAUCCAGGCCUUACAGAAGUUCGUUGAUCCGAAGCAAUCAGAAGAGAUAUGGGGAAGGAGGGUUAGCUGGUCAUUCGAGCCUAACUACUAUUUCCACCCGUAUCCUGUAUACGGUAAAAUUCUAUUCCUUCUAACGGGCGACAGCAGGUAUAAAAGUGAAAAUAUUAAGAGAUGGCCGAUUCCUCCUACCGGCAAAAGGAAUGUUUUUCAAGAGCUCUAUAUUCAAGAAACGAGACAGAGAUUGUUCUGCGAUGCCAGUUGCCGGACCUUCGAUAGAUUGUCAAUUUGGGAGAAAUUAUAUGAGGAUUUCUCAACUGGGAAAAUUAAAUUAAAGGGGAUAUCGUUAAAGUAUGCUGAAGCAAGUUCUUUGGUAGAGACAUCACCAAGUCAAGAUGAAGAAGAAAUUAAGGCAGAGGAGGAAGCCACAAAGUAUUCUGAAUCAGAAUCGAUACAUAUUUCCUUCCCUUUCCUCGAAUCAACCAUCAAUUCAGAUGCCUUGUUUUGUACAAUCUUGUCUCAAGAUAUCUUAUAUUAUAUCAUGCAUAUUAAAUGUGUAGGUGAAGAAGUAAGGAAAGUUAACAAUAUGAGUUUUCGUGAUGCAUGGUGUUAUGCGGAUAAAUAUUAUUUUUAUCCCUGGAUAUUAAAGAAAAUUAAGAAUUACGAACGUGAGAAAUUAGCCCAACCUACCCACUUGAAGAUCGCGACUGAAGUUGUUGACAAGAUACAAGCGAAUCUGCAGCAAGGGCCAGAUAAGAAGAUAGAAGCGAAGAAUUUGAGUCAGUUUUUCAAAUUGCUGGAACUUCUGUCGCUAAAAGUUUCAAUUUUACAAAGUAAGCUGCAGUCUCUGGAAAAAGCUCGUUCUGCAACUUCGCCUGUUUCUUCUACCUGUUCCUCACCGAUAGCAACCACACAAGGUCAGGAUGAGAAUACUUCAAUUGAAGUAUGUGAGUGAAGUCUAGUGAGAGAUGCAUGCAGAAUUCCCGGUGGAUUUAGUAACCGGUGUAUGUCCAAUUCUCGGAGAAACAAAUAUACCGGUGAAACGAGGCGAUUCUUCUGAACAAUUGAACUUCUUACUAACGAUGAUGUAAUCCAAAUAUUGCACAGCUUCCGAAGGUUCAACUUGAUGAACAUAUGAUAGAUACAAGGGAAAAAUGAUAAAAAUGGGGCCUGCCAAAGCGGAAAAAGCAUAGCCAAGAGAAAGCAUUUCACUCGACACCUAUUUGUGUGGAUAAAACCAGAGGAUCAUUAGAAUUUCUAUAUAAAGGAUCUUAUCCUAUCCUUUGAUUCUGACCUGAUUGAGACCAGUAUUUCCGGAGAUGUUUUGCUAAAGGAGAAACAAGACUGAUAAACAAGACUGAUUGUAAUAGCUAGUCUUCCAUAACCUGCACUGACUGAAAAUGUAAUGUGUUCAGAAGACAAAUUCGCGCUUUAGCUAAAGGCUCAGACUUCUCUCUCUUAGUUCCGGUUUACAAUUUUACAUUUUUUAGUUAAAGUACGAACUACUUAGCGUAGACUCAAACCUCACGUUAUUCGGGUUUUUCAUAACAUUAUUAGAUGGUGCCAGGCAGUCCGUUGCCACUUUUUAGUAAUUAUUUCAAUAAUAUCCUAAUAAGUAGAAAGCAUUAAAUCAAUCUUUUGAAAGAUAGAUUUUAUAAAUAU